UACGACGUCGUAUGGUAUAACGUGAGUAUGUGUGUUGGCCCCGCGAUACAACGCCGUAACGUUGCACGACGCCGCAACCUGAGACUACGUCUGAUCGUGGGUAUGUGUGUUGUUACAUUAUCAUUGAGCGCUGCAAAGGACAUCGAUGGGGAGCUUCUAGAACUGAUUCUCCACUGCUCGCAGCCUUGGUCUCAGGAACUCGAGGAGCUCUGUCCAGAAGCUUGCCGGCGCUGGCCACAGUACUGCUAUUACGCGAUCGCGGCUGAAAAUGGCGUUCCAGGCACCUGCCAGCUUCCACCCUACCCACGAAUCGGGAGCUACAGCAUCGUGGACGUUGAACUUAGCGUCGGCUUAGCCGAUUUUACCCUUCUUUACUCUUGUCCAUCUGGCUACCGUCUCAACGGGCAGCAUCCUCGCUGCGUGGGCGGUGGAUGGACUUCUGAUGACUUCCCGAGCUGCAAACGAGACUCAAAAUGUCGACUGCCUUCGCACCCAAGUGUAACUUACAACUGCAUCGACUCCUCACAGAGCAGAUGCUCAAACUUCGUGUCCAGCGGACAGCGAGUCCUGCCUGAAUGUAGACCCGGGUUCGUGCAGGACGUGCUUCGGGCCAUGCAUUGUAUUGAUGGCAGUUGGGAUUACGUCGCUACUUGUCGAAGGGAAUGCGGCACUAUCCCAAAAGAAAUGCGGCUACGAAGAAGCGUGAGUGAGGUCAGCGAGGUGCCGUGGCACGCGAGUGUCUACGACAAGACUGUGACCCCCUUCAGGCAGAUAUGCGGAGGUUCACUGAUCUCCGCUACUGUUAUCGUAUCAGCGGCACAUUGCUUCUGGCGCGAUCUAGUUCAACCGGCCGAGAAUUACGCCGUGGCUGUCGGCAAGGUCUAUCGGCCGUGGUGGCGGGAUGGCGGGCAGAAGACAGACGUCAGCGGCAUAAAGGUCUCGCCAUAUUUCCGCGGCAUAGACAACAAUUUCCAGAGCGAUAUCGCGCUGGUAACCUUGAGAACUGCGAUGGUAUUCAAUAACCAAGUGCGUCCGGUCUGCUUGGACUUCAGCGUGACGUUUGAUGAGAAGCAGCUGCAGCCAGGGAACGUUGGCAAGGUAGCGGCCUGGAACAAAACUCCUUUGCUGAAGUUUGUAGAGCUGCCGUACGUGGACGUGGAGCAGUGCUUCGCUGACCUUCCCAGGAGUUUCCUCAGCUUCAUAACCAGCGACAAGAUAUGCGCUGGCACCAGGAACAGUACCAAACUCUGCAAUGGCGACAGCGGAGGCGGCCUGGUCUUCCCUCGCACAGAGCACGGAAUGGAGCGCUGGUACCUCCGUGGUGUGGUCUCCACGGCUCCCCAGAACCCCAACACCUACUCCCAAGAUAUCUGCGACGCUGGCUCCUACACCGCUUUCACGCAUUUGCUCAAACAUGAUGCUUUUGUUACUAAAGUGUUGGAGGCACGGAGCGAUUAUGUUAAUCAAGUGUAUUUCGUUCCAUGAUUAUAAAUAUUAUAAACCUAA